UUAUAUUUCUUAUCAGAUUACAAGAAUAGUGGCUUGAUUUUCUGGUAUUUAGAGAAGGAAGGUAGAUUUUCGGAGCCGAAAGCAAGGUUUUAUAUCGCCGAAAUCAUUCUCGCGCUUCGUCACCUGCAUGAUAACGAUAUCGUCUAUCGCGAUCUCGGCCCAGGGAAAAUCCUUCUCGACAACUACGGCCACAUCGUUCUGUCUGAUUUUGGUCUUUCCGUAUCAAAACUGGACAGAGCGGAUGAUAGUUACUUCGAUUACCUUUCCCCAGAGAUAGUCCUUACGGAUGAAAAAUACAUAAUGACGGUUGAUUUCUGGAGCUUAGGAGUCCUCCCAUUCGACAUGGGUUGCGGAUGGAGCUCUUCCUACUCUGGAAGUACUGAACAGAUGUGCAAGAACAUUCCCUUUGGCAAGACGCGAUUUCAUUCGGACGCUUGGGGAAGUGACGGAAAGGAUCUGAUCAAGCGCCUGCUCAAUCGAAACCAGGAGCAUCGCCCAGGAGCAGCCGGUGGCUCACAACAGUUAAUGGACCAUUGGUUUUUCAGUGACAUCGAUUGGGAUGCGCUGGGAAGAAAGGUAGUAACUCCCCCUUUCACCCCG